UUGACAGCCAAUCGCGGCGGGGCGGGGCGGGGCUCCGUGACGUCAGGGGGGGUGGAAGAAGACGACGGCAGAGCAGGAAUCAAAACAAGAGACGGACACGCCUUCGCGCUUAAAGGUUAUCGCUGCUUGUUCGCUCGGCAAAGUGCUGCUGCUGUCAGAGCUGCACGAAAAAGAAACCCCCUGUGUCGUCCACGAGGGGACCGACAGCAACACAGGGAGGAAAAAACUGCUGCAAAUUAAAGAAAACCAUUUUUUUAAAACACCCCAGCAGAGCCCGCUGCACCAAUGGAGUCCACAGAAAUGUCAGACAGCAGCUAAGAGAGGGUCGAACAUAAACACACACACCACCACCAACAACAACAACAACAACAAAAUGCCCAACCAGAAGAACAACAAGGGGAAGAGAAGCAAACGCACCAACAGCAGCGGGGAUGAGCAGGAAAAUGGAGCCUGUGCGGCCGCAACAGGAGGCGCGGCCGCACAGGCGUCUUCGGCGGCGGCGGCGACGUCUUCUUCUUCGUCGUCGUCUUCUUCUUCGGCGACCGCCGCUGCCGCCGCCGCACCGAGGAGCGAGCGCUCGAGCGAGGUCCAGUGUGCGACCCCCCUCGGCUGCAGCCUCGGCCGGGCCAUCGACCUGGACAAGGACGACUACCAGCGGGUGCUCUGCAACAACGAGCUCUGCCCGUACGGCAACUGGAUGCACCUGCAGUGCUUCUACGAGUGGGAGAGCUCCAUCCUCGUCCAGUUCAACUGCAUCGGCCGCGCGCGCUCCUGGAACGAGAAGCAGUGCCGGCAGAACAUGUGGACCAAGAAGGGCUACGACCUGGCCUUCCGGUUCUGCUCCUGCCGCUGUGGCCAGGGCCACCUGAAGAAGGACACCGACUGGUACCAGGUGAAGCGCAUGCAGGACGAGCGCAAGAAGAAGCCGUCGGAGAGGAGCGCGGGCAGGACGGGGGCGAGCGGAGGCGCUGUGGGGCCAGGGGACGGGCCCUUUGAGGAGCCUAAGAAAUGUAAGCCACCCGGAGGAGCGGUGGGAGGAGGUAAACAACCGCACAGGGCCUCUAGUCAGGAGUUACCUCGUAGACUAUCGUUAGACCGACAGAACUCUACAGAGAGAGGAGCAGUGGCGGGAGGAGGACAUGCUGCAGGGGGACUCUUUCCUCUGGGACUUCCUCUGAAAUCUCCCUGCGACUCCCCGGGACAAUCUCCGCCGGCCAGCUUCUCCCUCUCCCCCACUGCUGCUCCGGGAUCGGGGGGCGGAGGAGCAGUUCUGCGGGGUUCCCGUCAGCUGGGCGAGUUCCUAAAAUCGGCCGUCCACAUGGACCCGCAGAGGAAACACCUUCUGGUCGGGGGAGCCCUCGGCAGGGGCGGAGGCUGCUCGCUGGGAGCCUCCGGCGGCGGGGCCGGCGGUCAUCACCUCGACCCGGGGUCGGUUAUUCCCCUGCCGCUGACCUUUGCCCUCCCGCUGCACCACCGCCUCAACGCGGGCAGCGUGGGCGACGGCCCCCACCCUCACCCGGUCCAGUUCCUGAGGAGGCUGGACCUCUCGGAGCUCCUCACCCACAUUCCUCGACAUAAACUCAACACCUACCACGUCCGCAUGGAGGACGAUGCCCAGGCCGGCCAGGGGGAGGAGCUGCGCAGGUUCAUCCUGUCGGCCCUCAGUGCGAGCCAGAGGAACGUGGUCAACUGUGCGCUGUGCCACCGGGCGCUGCCCGUGUUCGAGCAGUUCCCCCUGGUGGACGGCACGCUGUUCCUCAGCCCCUCGCGCCACGACGAGAUCGAGUACGACGUCCCCUGUCACCUGCAAGGCAGGUUAAUGCACCUGUACGCCAUCUGUGUGGACUGUCUAGAGGGCGUCCACAAGAUCGUCUGCAUCAAGUGCAAGUCGCGCUGGGACGGGAGCUGGCACCAGCUGGGCACCAUGUACACCUACGACAUACUGGCCGCUUCGCCGUGUUGCCAGGCUCGUCUCAACUGUAAGCACUGCGGGAAGCCGGUGGUGGACGUCCGAGUCGGAAUGCAGUAUUUCUCCGAGUACAGCAACGUCCAGCAGUGUCCCCACUGUGGCAACCUGGACUAUCACUUUGUCAAACCCUUCUCCUCCUACAAAGUACUCGAGGCUUAUUGACACACGUUGUCCGUGCAUGCUAGUUAUGCUGCUUCUGUUCUCAUUGUUCUUUUUCUAACGCAAUCUAGGAAAGAUUUUAUUUUUUGGGCCUUAAAGGUGGUUUUAUGUUUUUAAGUUUUCUCGUACAUAUUUCAUGUAUAGGAAAAGUAUGAGUCUAGUUUAAAAAAAAAAAAAACUUAAAAAAAAAAUAAAGUUCCAGGACUGUAUCUCUGCCGUUUGAGAAAGGUGUUGAUGAAAGUGGAACUGACCGCUUAAAAGUCGAGCAAACACGUUUAUCUAUGACAAGUGAAUGUAUCUGUACGCCAAAUUUGCUUUUAUUUUGAUUUUUAAAAAAGGAAAAAAAAAAAACAACCAAAAAAUAUAAAGAUGAAUCUUGAAUAAAGCAGAGAAAGAUA